AUGGGUGGUAAGGAAGCUGGUGUAGACACAGGUGGUCCUACUCGUGAGUUAAUAUCGCUAUUUUAUCAAAGCACAAUUGGUAAACUUACAUAUGGCCGUCAAAAGAAUGAAUUUUUCAUCCAUGAUCUGCAAAAGUUAACAGAAGAUCAAUAUAUGUUUUUUGGAAAAUUUGUGUCAUUAUCUUUAUUACAUGGUUGCAAUCCACCAUACUUCAGUGCUGGUCUCAGUGGCUUUAUAGUGGGGCAUAAAGACUGUUUAUGUUGCAUUGAUGACAUACCCAGCAUUGACCUCAAAAUUAAACUUGAAAAUAUCAGAAAUUGUGAUAAAGAAGCAGAAUUUCAGUCUCAAGUUCAACGUUUCCAUGAACGAUUUGACUAUGGUUACAACAAACCAUGUCCGAAACUAGCAGACAAAACUGAUUUAUUGCAAAAGGUUGCUCACCACAUCAUAAUAUCUAUGCAAUUAGAGGAAAUUCAGCAAUUUUUAAAGGGACUUGAAGCUUUUGGUGUUCUUGAUCUGCUUAGAAAGCAUCCUUUGGAAGCCACGAAGUUAUUCACUUACAACCAAGAUCUUGUUGAUCCUGAGGUUAUCAAGUCCUGUUUUGAUGUAACAUAUUCGAACGAAAGUGAUAAAGCUGCCCUAGAGGAAGAUAUUUUUUACAAUUGGAAAAACUUCCUCGAUGAAUUGGGUCACGGUAAGUCUAUCACUGUUAAAACUUUCACCGUAUCUGAUGUCGAGAAUGAAAAAACAGAAGAGAGUGCUAAAUCAGAGAAAAAACUUUCACUAGGCGAUGUUAUGAUGUUUCUCACAGGCUCUACUGUUGUACCUAAUAACGAAAAAAUCAAAGUUCUUUUUGAUCAUAUAACUGGAAAGGGAAGAAUCAGUGUUUCGACAUGUCAGUAUCAGCUCACUUUUCCGGUUGUACCAUGAUAUACUGGGUCAAAAUUUUCUAGA